CGAAGUCAAAUCCAGCAUCUUGCUGUCACCGCUACAAUGGGAAAGGGAACGGAUAAACUCUAUAUCACCCACUCGGAGUGGGCAUCGGAGGAUGCCUUUUCUGCCAACGCAGGCGCAGGAGUCGGAAAGGCUAGACGUGGCGGGGCGGAGGGGGCGUUCAAGCGUCUCCCCUUCAAGUUCUGCUCCCUCUCUCUGCAGCCAUUUUCGCAUCCUGUCUGCACCCCGUCCGGUACCAUAUUCGACCUCACCAACAUUCUCCCCUGGAUUAAGAAACAUGGCACGAAUCCCGUGGAUGGCACGCCGCUCAAAAGCGCCGACCUGAUCAAGUUGCAUAUCCCAACCAACGAGUCGGGUGAAUUCGUCGACCCGGUCACGUACAAAGUCCUGACCGACAACACACAUAUCGUCGCCUUGCGGAACACGGGGAAUGUAUUCGCAUGGGACACUGUGGAGCGUUUGAACAUCAAGGGGAAAUUGUGGCGCGACUUGGUCACGGACGAGGAGUUCAGUCGGAAGGAUAUCGUCACGCUACAGGACCCGCAGAACAUCGAGUCGAGGAAUAUGAGUACGUUCAAUUACCUGAAGGACGGCGAGACCGAUAUCCCCGGGCGAGAUGAUCAGCCGGAUAAUGUCAAUACCAACGCGCUGGGGAGCUCUGCGAAAAUUCUCAAGGCCAAAGAGGCGGUCGCUAAGGCGCGUUCGGAAAGGGCUCAGCGGACGGGCUCUGGUGCUCUAUCUCAGACCAAGGCGGACGGUACUCCCGGUUCAGCAUCCCUCAAAAAGGCGACUGCGCAGCAGGCAGGGAAACCUGUGCCGUACAAUGCGGCUAAACAUACCACCGGUCUGGCUGCCGCCUCGUUUACCAGCACUGGGAUGACCCCGCACACGUCUGGUGAACUCGCCCUGCUAUCUGACGAGGAAUACAUGCUCAAGAGAGGUCGUGUAAAGCAAAAGGGCUACGCUCGACUUUCAACGACAUCCGGAGAUUUGAACUUGGAGCUCCAUACUGAGUAUGCGCCUAAGGCGGUGUGGAACUUCAUCAAGCUGGCCAAGAAGGGAUACUACAAAGACGUCACUUUCCAUCGCAAUAUCAAAGGCUUCAUGAUCCAGGGUGGCGACCCUUCGGGUACUGGACGCGGGGGUGAGAGUAUCUGGGGCAAAUAUUUCAACGAUGAGUUCGAGGGCCCUCUCAAACACGACUCCCGCGGGACCCUCAGCAUGGCCAAUAAGGGUAAGAAUACCAACAGUAGUCAAUUUUUCAUCGCCUAUCGUGCACUGCCCCAUCUGAAUCUCAAGCACACCGUUUUCGGACACAUCAUCGACGAUCCGACACCAUCAUCCCCUACUCUGAACAGUCUCGAAACCCACCCGGUCAAUCAGUCUACGAACCGACCUACGCCCGACGUUCGGAUUAAAGACGUGACGGUCUUUGUGGAUCCGUUCGAGGAGUUCUUGAAGCAGAAGCAGGCAGAGGAGGCAGCCGGAAAGGCAGGACCAGACCCCGCGGAACAAGAAGAGAAUGCUCGACGUGAGGAAGACGACCACAUCACCUGGACGGGGAAACGAGUCCGGGGGGCAGGGUCGACCGACACGGGAGAUAGCUCUGGCGGAGGCGUGGGCAAGUACUUGAAGGCAGCUUUGAGCAACCAGGCCGGUCAAGAGGAGGAUGAGAUCGUGGAAUUUGUGGACGAGCCUGAACCCGAACCGAUGCGAAAGAAGCUGAAAGGCAGGGGCGGGUUCGGUGAUUUCAGUUCAUGGGAUUAGGAGGAUUCUUUUUCUUUACGACGACCUAGGACAUGAGGCGUAUGAAAGGAUAUAUAUACUCAUAUAAAAGCCACCGAUAUGUUAUACUCUGU